AUGGUGGCUAGCCGUAUGCAGCGCUGGGCUAUUAUUUUGUCCGCGUACACAUUCGAUAUCGAGUACGUGCGUACCGAUAAGAACGGGGCGGACGGUUUGUCGAGGUUACCGAUGACAGGUAAACAACUCGCGGCUCGGCAGGUACCGGAGCAGACCUACUUACACUUUAUCCAGGAAGCUUUGCUGUUAGAUUACAACGAGAUAAAAAAACAUACGACUAGGGACCCAGAUUUAUCGAAAAUACUUAGUUACUUACGGGACGGUUGGCCCACGGAGAAUAGUAUUACUAAUUUGCAACCUUAUUUUAAUCGCAAAAAUGAGUUAUAUGAAGAGCUGGGAUGCGUGAUGUGGGGUCAUAGGUUAGUGGUUCCGGAGACAUGUAGGGAUAGAGUGUUGAAAAUGAUUCAUGAGCCUCACAUGGGAAUAGUGAAAUCUAAGUCUUUAGCACGCAGUUACGUUUGGUGGCCUUCGUUAGACGAGUCUAUACAACGUGUAUGCCAAGGAUGCGAGGUAUGCGCGGCGCAGGCGGACGCGCCGCCGAAGCAAGCCGUACGUAUGUGGCCGUGGCCUAACAGACCUUGGUCACGGAUCCACCUGGAUUUCAUGGGCCCUAUUUUUGGAAAAACGUAUUUAGUGAUCGUAGAUGCAACGUCUAAAUGGAUAGAAGUAUUCCAGGUGCCGAAUACGGCGUCUACGGUAGUUAUUGACAGACUUACGGAGUUAUUCAGUAGAUUCGGGUUAGCUAAACAGAUAAUAACGGACAAUGCGAGCUAUUUCGCCAGCACGGAGUUUAGGAACUUUACACAAAGUAACGGGAUCGAGCAUAUUUUUACGGCUCCGUACCACCCCGCCUCGAACGGUUUAGCGGAAAACGCAGUGAGAACACUGAAACGCGUGAUUAAGAAAGCGGUGUCAGAGAGACAGAACGUAGACAGGGCUCUCUGGACCUUUUUGAUGCAUUAUAGGAAUACGGAACAUUCGACCACCGGGGAGUGCCCCGCCAUGUUGCUGUUAGGUAGGCGGCUUCGGACCAAACUAGACGCUUUAAAACCGGAUAGGGAGAGGAAAGUAGCUAAGGUACAGCAACAUCAAAGAGAAAUGGCGAAGGGAGUAGAAAGGGAGGUAAAACCAGAGGAUGAAGUGUGGUAUAGGCAGUAUCUUAAGAGAGAAAAGUGGGUCCCGGGUCAGGUCGUGGAAUGUACCGGUCCAAGCAAUUAUAAAGUCAGAGGUCAGGAUGGAGACUUAGUUCAUAGGCACAUCGAUCAGCUUAAGAAACGGUCCACCAGGUUUUCUCUCGCUUGUCCUACUACAAGCUUAAAUCAGGAGUCUAGCACAGAUCCUCAAUCGCCGGCGGCUUUAUCGGAGCAGGUCCAGCCGGAGCGGUCCACACGAGGUGACAUUGAAGCGCCAGCUACACCGGGUAGCUCGACAGGGUCAGAUAAGGCCCAUACGAAUACUCCGGCUUCACCGGAGUUCCAAGAUGCCGUGGAGAGUAACGAGUCUCCGGCUCAGACCCGCCGCCGCAGUACCUCACCGGCUCACGCAAUAACGCCGGAGCCGCGUCCACUGAGACAAUGUAGAAUAAGGAAACCUUUUAAUAAACUUUGA